AUGACUGCCACUGCAUCAUCUCACUGCACGAUUACGUCUUGCAGUUCACAUACUGUUACAUACCCCUUAUCAAAACCGACUCCCCAGGGUGCUCAUAUAAUCACUGGCCUCACCCGGAGUGUGGCGCUGCCCCUUGAGGAUACUCUUUUGGAGUUCGAUUCAAACUUUGGAGUCGGUGUGCUGACACCAAAACCCGUUAGUGCUGAUGUGGAGGCUAAUUUGUGUGAACGACAACGCACUUCUAGGGUUCUGAAUCGGCCAAGGCUACUUGCCUCGCUAUAUUUGAAUCCGACAGGCCUUCUUCCGGUUUACUCGAUGAGGGAGAAAGAGUUCCACGACAGGCUGACGUGCUUGAAGCCUACAGGGUUUGUAUCGGUGGCAUUGCUGCUCGACCUCCAGGAAUGGAUAGGCAGCUCAACGAAAGCUAUCACUGAGGCGGGAACUUGCAGUGAGUCGCUGAGCUGGGGCAAGGUCACAUCGAUGCAGCUUACGCUUGCCACUGGGCCGACACUAUGA